ACCAACAAGCGAAGGCAGCAACAGAAGUAGAGAGCAAGAAGCGGCUACAGACAGGGUAAAAUAAAGGGGCAAGAACCGAGAAAGAACAACAAAGCUUUAGAGGGGCACUAGCAGACGUAGCUACAGACAUGGAUGUACAAACCGAAUGCAGUGAACCUCCUCUGUGUGAGCCCCAGCCACCGGGAAAGCUCAACAAAGCUGCGUUCAAGCUGUUCGGCAAGCGUAAGUCCGGCAGCAGCAUGCCGAGCAUCUUCUCAGUCAGGAACAAAGGAGAGGGGACCGGUAAAGCCGCUGGGAAGCCGCUGGAACUUGUUAGAAGCAAAACCCAUGAUGGCUUAAUUACGGACACUCCUUCGGAGCUUGACGGCCACAGGAAAGAGGAAUCUGCCAGCAGUGACCAGCUCCAUGCCGGAACACCAGAUGGUGCGUCCAUCGCCCCCCUCCGCAGCUCCAUCACCAAGUCUUUCAGCUUCUUCUCUCUACUGCGGCGUAGCAGCAGCCGUGCCGGAGAUGGGACUGCCACGGUAGGACGGCGUGGACGUGGGCUAAAGGGACUGUUCAGCAGCAUGCGUUGGCGCCGGAAGCCGCAGGCUCAAGAUUUCUCAGGUGAGGUGCAGGAGGUGGCCAAGGAGGUAAAGGAGGAAGAGCCAAUACUUUCGUGCUCCGAUGACACGAAAACAGAGAAGGACAUGACUCUCACUCUCGAGCCCCUACCGCAAGUGUUUGAGGAAAGUAGUGUCCCAGGGGAUUCCGGGAAAUGGCUGAGAACGUCUGUGGAGGAAUUACAGGGCACUAAUGAAGUGGACUGUGGCAAGUGUAGUCCUUCUCUUUCAGAACAACUUCCAGAGGAGUCUCCGGCUCCUUCUCCACUACGAGUCCAGGCAGGGGUGCUCCAGCAUGACAAACACAACGAUUCAACGCACCUGUCAUCUAUUCCAACCUGCGCUUUGACUCCUCCAAUGGAACACAGUACUGCUGACCCACCGUCAGAACAAUCUGUCGAUCGCUUAUGCUCCAUGUUCACUGAUGUCACUUCUCUGAAAAGUUUUGAUUCUUUAACGGGCUGUGGUGACAUCAUCGCUGAUGCAGAAGAGGAUUCUGGGAAUGGGGUAAGUGCCACAAGCAGUGGAACAGGUAGCAGCAGUGGGGGCUUUGUGGGUCAUAGGAUUAGUGGAGGUGGGACAAACUCUGAAAGGUGCUCCCCCGCCAAGCCUCCACUCCCUCCUCAGGUCAGUAGCAUCACACCCAUACAAGUUUCUUGCUACAUGCCAGCCCACCAAAGAGCACGUGCACCCCCUAAAAAGCCACAGGGCAGUGGGGUUGUUGCCUACAUGGGUGGAGGAGAAGAGAUGGCUAGUCCUGAGGGUGUCGACGACGCAGACAUGCAGGGGCUAUGGCACAUGUUGCCCAAGAAAGGUGAAGACUCCCCAGCCCCACGUCGUGCAGAGCCGGUACUGCAUCAUGCGCCAGGGCGGCUGGAGAAGAGGCAGCCACCAGUGAAGGCGCUUGGCCUCAGUAAGAUCCCUGUGAGUGGUUGUAUUAAGAUAGGAAAACCAUUGCCCACACGUCCUUCUCCUCCACCUGUCGAAAAAGAACUCCAGGAUGUGCCACCCAGUGAUGAAGGCUACUGGGACUCUUUAACACCUGGACCGGAAGAUGAGGAUAGCAGCUUCCUUCGUCAGGACGGCCUUAUGAGGGACAGCUGCUCUGGAGAUGCACUCUAUGACCUCUACGAUCCUGACAGCCCCAGUGCCGCCGGGUCUGAUGAUGAUGCAACCGACUCACCGACAAAAUCCACAGGGGAUCUAAAGAUGAACUUGGCCUCCCAGAAAUGCUCACCUUCCCCUACUUCCUCCUUCCGUUCCAUGAAAGGCAGCACAAGCCUACCUCGAGAUUCCAAGAUCCCCAUUAGCGUGAGACAACCUCCACCUUCCCACUCUUCAAGCCAAGGAGCGCUGUCUUCCACUUCAAACACCCCCUCGAAAAAGACUGAUGCCCCACCACGCACUCGAAUCCCCGUCUCUAAGGUUCCUGUCCGUCGCUCUGGCAACAAGAACACCACCAGCACACAAAGCAGGAAGUAAACCGCUCGGAGAGCCAUCAGAUGUUUCUGACAAACAAAUCUUUCACCUAGAGCUUUAGGCCAAAACAAAUGUUUUUGAUAUGAAACAAUCGACAUUCACUUUGAUUUCACACAGUUAGCGAGGACUACGUUUUUACUGACAAUGACUUUCUUUCAAACUAUUUUUUGAGAUGUGUCACGUGUUACACAAACUGUUAACUGACAACUUUGUAGAAUGCCCUAUGCUAUGUAACACAUGACAUUCUUAGUAAUCCAAGUUUGAUUUUUUUUACAUUGCUUACCUGCCUUUGAAAAAUGGGCUUAAUAUGGUAAGAAUGCUGAUCCUAAGAAUGUUUAACAUUUCUAAAAAGCUUACUUGGAGAAGUUCCUUACAAGGUUCCCUUCCAUUCAAAUAAGCAACUGUGGGAAUUUCUUGCUCAUUCGUCCCAUAAGCCCUUAGCACUGUGUAAAAUGCAGCUGCAAUCUUCAUCUCUCCAAGGUUUUACAACGUACAAGGAAUUUGGAGAACUGCGCAAGAUGAAGCCAAACCGAGCACUUCUGACACAUCUAAACAAAAGCUGCAUGGACUUGCACACUCAAACUGGAUCAGGGAACACAGCCUUUUGUUUAAGACACUUUUUUUGUAUCAUAAUCAUACAACGUGACUUCCUAUUGGUAUGAGGACGUUUCUUUUUACUGAACCUUCACAUUUCUUACUCUUUUUAUAUAGUAUAAGGACUUCCCUGUGACCUCACUGUGGAUAUGUGUGCACUGCUUGUUUUCUCUUUUGGUAAGUACAAUUUAUAGAAAAAAAUGGAUAAUGAGAAUCCCAGUUAUUUGUGCUACUCUAAAAACUGGACAUACAUGAGCUGGAUUGUGUUUUCGAAUGUAGCAUGACAUCACGCACAGGUCUGUUUUAUUGCCUGCUCACCGCUCUAUAAAUAAAGGAGAUCGGAAGAAGCCCACAUAUAUCAUGCGUUAACUGUCUUCCACUAUUUGGCUCAGAUUUGGACUGGACUUCCACAUAGAUACUGUUUUUGGGGAAGUGGGGUCUAACUUGUCAGUAACAUAUUUUCUACUCUGUUUUUAUAAAAAACGUAUCUAUUUUAUUUCUUAGUUGUCAUUUUCUCUUCAAGAAGUAAUAUGAAUUGCUCCCUUUCUUUGAAUUGUUCUUUAUUUAAUGAAUAAAAUCACACUCUCUGUGUCCAGCAAGUG